AAAAAAAUAUAUAUUCACAACUUCUUUUUUUUUCCAGACCUUGCCGUUCUAACGCCAAACUUCCUUCUCACACGACUUCACUUUGCUGCUCCUGAUCUCUUCGCCGCCGACGCCCACACCGCCAUGGACUACACCUCGGGCAUGGGCGGCAUGGGGGGGAUGGACCCCGAGAUGGACAUCUUCACCUCCACCAAGCUGAACGUGGCCACCGAGGACGACUCGACCUCCCAGACCGACGAGGAACUGAACGCCCUCUUGGCCAACCUCACGACGCCGCUGCCCACGCUGGCCGCCGACGGGUCUCUGGCCGCCGACGGACCCAACUACCCGAAGAACAUGCUCGGGUUCACGGCGGCGUGCGCGUUCAUCAUCGCGGUGAUCGGCACGUUCGGCAACCUACUGACUAUCAUUGCGCUGCCCAUGAGCAAGAAACUACGUACCACAGCCACCGCAUUUGUGGUGAACCUCGCCGUUGUAGAGCUCCUGUUCUGCGUGUUCAUUCUACCCAUGUCCGGUGCUCAGUACCUUUUCCUUCAGCACACCGGAGACUCGCUCCUAAGUGACAGAGAUUGUAUUUUCUUCGCUGUGACGCGGUACACACUCACCCAGGUGGAACUGCAGACGAUACUGGCCAUCGCUCUUACCAGAGCCCUCGCUGUCUCGCUGCCUCGUCUCUACGCCAUCAUCAACCGGCCUGCGAUCAUGGGAUGCUACAUCACUGGCAUCUGGAUCUACUCCUUUCUGCUCAAGAUGCCAACCGCAUUUAAGCUUCUGGGUCACUACACCUUCAACAGCGACACCAUGGAAUGUGACAUGAGCAACAAGAACAGGAAGUCACGUUUCAUCAUGAUCAUUAUCGAGGCCGUUGUACCUGUUCUCACCAUCAUCAUCUUGUACAUCUUCGUCUUCGUUAUGGUCAUCAGGAGAGCUCUGAUGAGGAAAAAAAAGUUCAGCACCGUGUUGCCACCUCCUCCGCAGGUCAAGCUGAGCACCGCCCGCGUCAACCGUGCCUCCAGCAGGGGGAAGGUGCCGCCGGCUGCCUCCUCCACCACCUCCACCUCCUCCACCUCCGCCACGAACCAGCGCAAGGGAUCGAACUCCAGCUUCAAGAGCCUGAAGAAGAUGGUGUCCGAGUCGAAUCUCAGAGCUCGUUUCGUCCGUGCAGCCAGGCACUUGAACGGCAGGCGCACGCACCAGUCGUCCACGGUGAGCCAGCGCCUCAACACCAGCCGGCGGGACAUGCGCGUCGCCCGCACCAUCUUCAUCAUCUUCGUGCUGGUGCUGGUGUGCAGCGUCCCCGUCAUGAUGGUGCACACCUUCGACCCGCUGGUGAGUCACCCCGUGAGGUUCCUCUUCCUGCACAUCCUGUACUGGAUCCAGUACUGCCUCAACCUGGUGGUGUACGUGCUCAUGAACCGCCAGUACCGCGACGCGUACGUGGAGUGCCUGGCGAGGGUGUUCCCGCGCCUCAAGCAGCACCACGGCCGCAGGUUCUUCUGGGAGAAGGCCAGCAUCUCGUCCAAGCCGCCGCACCCCAACACUUCGACGCGGCCGCGCUUCGACUCGGCCGGCAACCCCGGGGACUCCAUCGUCUCGUGCGACGGCGACCCGCCCUCGGCCGCAGGGGGCGGGGCCGGGGCCAUCGCCCCCCAGGGCAGGCUCUCGGCCAUCCCGGAAGGCCACAGCAGCUCGGCCGCCAACGACAGCGUCUUCUCGGACCCGCACAAGAAGGACUCCAAGGACGAGGAGGCCGGCAGGAAGGAGGCCGAGGCGAGCAGCGGCGAGAGCGAGGGCGAGGAGGAGCGCGCCCUCAUGGACAGGGAGCUCUGGCUCAGCAAGAACGGCUCCACCGCCGACCGGCUGCCCGAGAGCGAGUGCAAGGUGUAACGGGGCGGAGGCGACUCCAGUCACUUACUCGCGGGGACUUGCAGGAGGAAUUUCGUCGCCUUGGAGACAUGGCAUCGUCGGCGGAGGAUGAUGUUCCCUUUUUUUACAAUAUGUCAACCACCAGACGGAAUGAUUAUAGUGGUGUUACUAGU